AUGGCCGUCGACGUCUAUUACGGAGCGGCUCCGUACAGGGCAGCACAAUCCACCGACUACGCCAAAACAAGAAUGACGGCAAAGAAUACAAAGAAUACAAAGAUCACAAACAUGGCCUUGUCAGCUGUACGGACCGACCAAGCCCCAGGCGGUGAGGGGACCCUGGACCGUGACACCCUGCCUGCAGGACCCUUGGCGCAGAUGCCUGGGAAACAACAGGCCGGGGGGCAUCACGCAUUGCCUGCCGGGUCGUCGGACGGCUGA